AAGUAAAUCAAAAUUUUAGGCAUUCAGGAUAGUUAUGGCAUUUUGCGUUUAUUAAGAUCCUAUACAAGUUUAACUUUGAAAACAAAGGCUGGAAAAUUACAAACAUGGUUUCGGACUGCAUCAAUAUAUUGACAUCAACUGGAAAAAUACUUGGUAUAAGUCAAAAAAUUGCUAAUCGCAUACCUCGUAUUAGGGAAUUGUUGUUCACCGUUUCGGGACGUAGGUUAGAUCCGGUUCCCCUACGAGAAAUCCACCCAUCUAUAUUUACUCUCAUAGUAAAAUGGGCUCAACAUCAUGAAUAUGAUCCAGUAUCAGUUGAUGACUUCGAUGAAUGGGAUGUAAGUUUUUUUGAUAAAAAUCGUGAGACAAUCUUGAAAAUAGUUAUAGCCACUAGCCUGAUGGAAUUUGAAAUGCUCUUCCAAAUAAGCCGUCUUGUGUUGGAACAAUUUGAUUCCGAAGACGAGGACGUAGAGUAUGAAUUGCAGGAUCAAAGUUCUUAAAUAUAUUUUUGAAAUUUACAAAGUGUAGUUGAAAUGUCUUAACUAUUAGAAAAUAUAUUUUGACGCUUUUGUGACUUAAGUGUCAUUGGUUCAUAGAA